AUGAAGCUGCUUGGUGGCAACACCAACCCCGAGCUGUGGGAAAAGGUUGCAGACUACCUCAGCGCCAAAAUGUGCAACCUUGACGUGGCCAAGUUUGCCAACGGAGAGACGCAAGUGAUUGUCCGCGAGACCGUGCGCCAGUCUGACGUCUACAUCCUGCAGUCGGGCUGCGGCGAUGUGUCCGUCAACGACGCUGUCAUGGAGCUGUGCAUCCUGGCCCAGGCCUGCUCGACCUCCUCUGCCCAGCGGGUCACAGCUGUCCUUCCUUACUUUCCGUACAGCAAGCAGUCAAAGCAGAAGCGUCGUGGUACCAUUGCUGCCAAGCUGGUGGCUGACCUUUUGCAGGUGGCGGGCGUCAGUCACAUCCUCACGCUUGACCUUCACCACAUGCAAAUGCAAGGUUUCUUCGGCAUGCCUGUUGAUAACGUCAAAUGCAGCCCUUUGCUGGCCGACUACAUCUUGCACCAGAUCCCAAAUGGCGCCAAGUGUGUGAUUGCUGCAAAGAACGCGGGUGCCUCAAAACGCGCUGCUGUCAUCGCUAAGCGCUUGGGCUGCGAUUUUGCCAUGAUCUUUGGUGAGCAAACCAACGCCCAGGGAGAUGGCGUCAUUGGUGAGGUGUACGAGCGCGACGUGGUCAUUGUUGAUGAUGUCAUUGACGGCGCGGAAAGCUUUGUCAAAGCAGCCCAGUUGUUCAAGGACAACGGCGCGGACAACGUCUACAUUAUCGCAACGCACGGUAUCCUUUCUGGCAAAUGCCCUGAAGAGUUGCAGGAAUGCGAUGCAAUCCAGCGCGUGGUUGUCACCAACACCAUCCCGCAGCGUGAUCACAUGGCGCGCUGUCCCAAGCUCGCCACCAUUGACUGCUCUGACGUUUUGGGCGAAGCCGUGCGCCGCCUUCACUUUGAUGAAAGCUUGUAUGCCAUGUAUUCGCCUCCCGUUCCGGCUACUGCUAGUCCGGCACGACGCCGAGGCGCCCGCUCUCGCACGACCUCGGCCUGCGAGAAUUAG